AUCGUUUUCUCUACGCAUUAAUCAACUUCCGCUUUGUUCAACAGGUUGAACAGCCAUCUUGAAUAAAUCUCUUUGUCGAGAAAACAUGUCUUCGGAGGUCACCUUAGCGUAAAAGACCGUUUUGUCAAGAAUUGGUGAAUCGCCGAAUCUUCUUGAACUUGGGUGAACAGUUGGAUCGGCAGCCAUGGCCUGUAUCCACUUCAAGUUCAAGAACAGCCUGGACUAUGAUUCCAUCACGUUUGAUGGUCUGCAUAUUGCCCUGCGGGAUCUGAAGAGGAUGAUAAUGAACAGAAAGAAACUCAGGGACACUGAUGACGAUCUACAGAUAAUCAAUGCCAUCACCAAAAAAGCAUACACAAAUGAAGAUGAAAUGAUUCCAAAAAAUUCUUCAGUCAUUGUUGCAAGGAUACCUGUCACUAAUGCGGCUCCACGGAAUGGACCGAAAACACUCAACCAUCCCAAUGCCUACAAAGAAGACCCUAAACCAGUCAGGAAGCCCAUGGAAGUUCCUGUGACUAAGCCCCAAGAUCCUUUAGAGACUGGUAACCUUAUCGAUUCUAAUGCGUCAGAGGAAGACAAAAUCAAAGCCAUGAUGAGGCAAUCAACCAUGGACUUUGAUCCUUCGAACUAUAUCAAUAACAAGAAAGCUCCCAUUGGAACUCCCUCACCUACCUACAUUUGUAAGAAAUGUGGAAAAUCUGGCCACUUCAUCCAGAACUGUCCAGUGGAACCAGGGGAGGCCUUUGACAAGGAGAAGAUCGCCAAGAGACCCACAGGAAUCCCCCAUUCCUUUCUGACCAAGGUUAAUGACCCUAAUGCCAAAGGUGCAUUGUUGAUAGGCCCCGGGCAGUAUGGAGUACCCACCAUUGACAUGAAUGCCUACCAGACGAAGAAGAAGGAGCGACCACCUUUCCUACCGGAGGAGAAGCUGCCCGAACCGAAGAAGGAGGAAAUCCCUGCGGAACUCCUCUGUCCUUUGUGUAGGGAUCUGCUCUCAGAUGCUGUCUUGAUCCCAUGCUGUGGAACUAGUUUUUGUGAUGAUUGCAUCAGAAAUGAAUUGUUGGACUCGGAGGAUCAUGAAUGCCCCCAAUGUCAUGAGACUGACAAAUCACCUGACAGUCUGAUUGCCAAUAAAUCUCUCCGGUCAGCCGUCUUUAACUAUCGUAACGAGACUGGCUACACAAAGAUCACCAAGGCAAUGCUAAAGUCACAACAAGAGAAGGUGGCAGUUGAAAGGGCCGCAAGGAAAUCAGAAGUUAAAGAAAAACGCACAGCACCUGCAAUCUCCCGACCUUAUGAGAAACCUGCUUCUGCACAAGCUAUUCCAACAUAUGGGAUGAAGGCGGGACAACAUUACAAAGUGGGAGGAUUUCAAGGGGGUCGAUCUCCAGGCUCACCAGCCAACGCCUCACCCAAGAUUAGCGACUCACAGAAUGGUUCGGAUCCAUCAGCUGGGACCAAGCCCUCCCUGUUAGUGUCAACCACCCCAGGCCCAGUCCCUGGGGGUCUCAGUCCUCCCACUCCCUGCAAGGAUGAAGCAAAUCUUUUGGCCCCAGCAUCAUCUGCCCAAGUUUCGGUUCAAUCCACUUCAACAUCUGUUCAGCCUUCUCUGUCAGCUUCUGUGACUUCUGUGAUACCCCAAAGGGCUCCAGCGAUCCCAGCCAGCUUUCCGACAGCCCCCAUCCAGACUGUUGGUGUUCCAUACCGACCUCCAUUGCCGCCAAUGGUAAACCCAUCCAUUCCACCCCCUGGGUUUGUGGCUCCCCCUCCAACCGGACCAUUCGGGGCAGGACCCAGAUUCCCCCCAGCACCAGCAGUGAUCCCCCCAUUCCAGGCUGUCCCCCCUCCCUCUAUGCCUUUGAGUAAGGAGGAAUUUUACCGACGUCAGAAGAAAAUGCAGGAACUUGAGAAAAAGAAAAAGGCAGACCCCCUGGAUGUGUUUGCCAGAGAACUUAUGGAUUACAAGAAAAAACCGAAGUCUGCAUCAAGAUCCAGAUCCAGAUCUCGUUCAAGAACACCUAGACGUUCUAUUACUCCCCGCAGGUCCAGAACAAGGUCAAAGUCAAGAAGUAUAACGCCUAGGAAACGAUCUCGAAGUUUGACUCCCAGGAAACGAUCCCGAAGUUUGACCCCGAGGAAAAGGUCCUACACACCUAGAUCAAGGACAAGAUCUCGCUCUAGGUCACCCAAGCGAUCGAGGUCUCCGUAUGGGAAACCUCCAUAUCGAUCCAGGUCACGCACAAGGUCAAGGACACCACCUAGAUAUAGGUCAAGGUCUAGGUCUUUCUCACCAAGAUAUCGCUCCAGGUCACCAAGACCCAGGUCCUACUCCAGAAGUCCUGUAAGAUACAGGGGUAGGUCCCCGCCCCCACGAUGGAGAUCUCGUUCACGCAGUCCAGGACGUUACGAUAGGUGGUCACCUCCACCCUAUGGGCGCCGCAGGUCUAGGUCACCACCUCCGCCACUUUACAGGGGUAGAUCAAGGUCACCUCCCCCAUAUGAUUACUUUAGACCAGAGUGGGAUGCCCCACCCCCCAUGUAUGGUGAUUACAGAGGACCACCUGCCAGACCAGGGGGAAGAGGACCCAUACCUCCCCACUAUCAGUAUCCACAAGAUCAAUUUAACAGGUUUGAUCCACACGCUUAUGACGAAUUUUACCAUGAGUAUUAUGCCAGAUAUGGCAUGCCACCCCCUCCUCCACCUGCAAAUCAAAUGUAUGAUGCCCCUUCAUUUCCCCCUCGAAGAUCUCGAUCUCCAAGAGACAGACGGCCCUUCAAAGAAAGACCUCUUCCUCGCCCCAAAACUGAAGACAGCAAGACAAACAGACCAGACAAGAAAUCUGUUGACAAAAAGCCAGACAAGAAAUCGAGUAAAUCAAGUAGCAAAAGAGAAGAGGAAAAGGCAAGCAAGAAAAAGAAGAGUGAAAAACCUUCAAAUAAGGAAAAGGAUGAGGAGAGUAAAGUGGAAGAGAAAAAAGAGAAUGGAGUGGAAAAGAAAGAGGAAGUUAAAGACAGUCAAUCUAAAAAGAAAAAGAAAGGGUCCUCCAAGACCAGCAAGAAGGAGCCAGUAGAAAGUGAUGUUAAGGAAGAAAAAUCAAAGGAUGAAGAAGAUAAAAAGCCAGUUAAAUCAGAUGAAGAAAAAGAUGGGAAAGAGGACAUAAAGGAGAAAGAUGCCCAAGAAAAGGUUGAGAAGAAAGAAAUAAAAGAUGUGGAGAAUCUGGGUGUUAAAAAGGAGAAACUGGAAGAUGUUAAAGAAAGUAAGGAAGAAAAGGUCAGAUCCAAAAAGAAAAGCAGUGCUAAGAAAGACAGUGGUGAAAAAUUAGAGUCACUCAAAUCUCCUAAACAGGAGAUCAAGUCCCCAAAGGAGGAAACUUCUAAAGAGGGAGAAAGGAAGGCUAAACGCAAGCAUAAAAAGAUGGUGAAGGAAGCCGCAACAAAAGAGAAGAAGCUUGUGGAGGAUGAUGAAGCAGAAGAAAGCCCUGCCAAGCGACAGAAGACAGAGCCAGUUACUGACAGUGGGGACCAGAUUAUGCUGUCCCCACCCAUUCUUUCCAAGUGGGAGAAAGAGGACUACCACGAUGACGUAUCCCCUCGCAGGAGUCGUAAAGCAUCCCCAGACAGCAGGCCAUCCAAGUCCAAACAGGACCGCAGAAUGUUGCCAAGGUCAGUCAUAGAAAAAGCUGAAAAAGCCUUAGCAUUGAAACAGCCUCAGCCCAUCUCUGUAGCUUCAUCAAUCAAGCCUUCCUCUAGCCUCGCCAAUCGACUUGAGAAAUCCCCUCCCCCCAAAUUAAGGUCCCCUGAUGGGAAACCUCGCAGGGUGUAUGUGGAAAAAGAGUCCAACAAGAAAGUGGAGGAAGACAGUAGGAAAGUGUUGAGUCGAGAUCGAUCUAUGCAAAUAACUGUGUCUGGGGAUGUGAAAUCAAAGACGAAGUCUAAAGACUCCAAGAAAGAAGUGAAAGAUCUACGGGAAUCUCUGUUGGAGAAGCGGAGAGCUUCAACUAGAAGUUCAUCCACAGAAGAAUUUGAACAGAACAAAGGGAAAGGAUUCAGUCAUGAUGAUAGGUUAUCUGUGAAUUAUGCUCGUGAGAAAGACUGGGAUUACAUAGAUGACGACAAAAAUACUGACGGAUGGUUAUCUAACAAGGUUAAAGGCUCCUCAAAGUCGAUGAAGGCUCGUAAAGACAUUACUGAAGAAAGGAGGUCUGCUUCCAAAGAAAAGUUGGUGGAGAAACGCAGAAAAUCUAGAGAGGACAAGGAAUCACCGAGAAGAUCUAGGAAAGAUGAGAACGGGGAGGACAAAAUUUCAAAGAAGAAUUCCAGAUCUCAGGAGAAGAAAGACGACAAGAAGAGAAAGGAAGACCAUGUCUCCAAGAGAGACAGUGCAGAGAAAGUAACAGAGAAGAAAGAGCAUAAAGAGAAAGAUGAUGCUGAAAAAUCAGGAGGAACAAAGCAGCAGAUAAGGGUGGACAGGAAGGAAUCCUUGUUUGAUGAAUCAGCUUUCGUCCCGGAUUAUAACGAGACCAUGGGUAGUGAAUCGGAGGAAGAUGUGCCAAAACAGGAACUGAAAAGACAGUACUCCACCGCAGAGAGUGAGAAAGUGGAGAGUGAAAGCGAGGAAGAGAGUUCUGGGGAGGAGAGGGAGAAGAAGCAGAAGAAGAAGAAGAGCAAGCAUAAAAAGAACAAAAAGAAGCAUAAAAAGCAUAAGAAAAAGCAUAAAAAGCAAGAUGGGGAUGAAUCUUCGUAACAUUUUUAAGGGGUGUGAUAGCAUUGUGAUUAAAGAUCAUUCAAGUUUCAUAUUUAUGGGCAUUAUCAAAUUAAUCAGAUUAGUUUAAUUAUUCAUAUCAUCACUGUGCUAAAUGCUGCUGGAUGUUCCAUUUUAGAAAGAUGGAAGAUGGGUUUAAAUUUUGUCCGUGUUCAUUCGAGUCAUACCUUGUUUCUUAACUGCAAAUGCUGCAGAGAACAAUCACAAAGGCAGUUAUUAACAAAAAUUCAAUAAAAAUUUAUUAUUUUUUGUGUUAUUUGCAUACAAAUUCUACUUUUUUAAAAAUCUCUUUUUUUAAUAUUUUUUGUGGAUAUUUUCUGAGAAAUCAUGGGAUGAUUCUUUCAAUUAUGUAAAUAAAAGUAACAGGAAAAUCCUUAUUUUGUAAAUACUGAAAUGUGUUCAAAAGUGCUUGGCAUUUUCUACUGACAUUUCCUGUGCAAGUAAAUUUAUUAUUUUUAAUGUUGUGAUUUGUUUGAAUUUUAAAUGGAAUUCUGUUCCUAUGGAAAGUCCUUGUGUCUGACUAAAACUGCAUCAGUUUCAUUUUCUUUAUAUGUAAAACAUAUACAAGUAUCAUAGUAUGGUUCAUGUUUUUCAUCCAAUACUGUACACAAAAAAGUGAAUAAAAAGUUAAACGUU